AUGCCUGCUGGCGGCCCAGGGAAGGACUACGAGAAUGCAGUGAAGUACUACAGCAGCGCCAUCGAGCUGAACCCCACCAAUGCCAUCUACUAUGGGAACCGGAGCUUGGCCUAUCUGCGCACCGAGUGCUACGGCUAUGCCCUGGCUGACGCCACGCGUGCCGUUGAGCUCGACAAGAAGUACGUCAAGGGCUACUACCGCCGCGCCGCCAGCAACAUGGCCCUGGGCAAGUUCAAGGCCGCCCUCCGCGACUAUGAGACGGUGGUGAAGGUGAGGCCGAAUGACAAGGACGCCAAGCUGAAGUACCAGGAGUGUCACAAGAUCGUCAAGCAGAAGGCCUUCGAGCGGGCAAUCGCUAGCGAUGAGCACAAGCGCUCUGUUGUUGACUCCCUCGACAUCGAGAGCAUGACCAUUGAGGAUGAGUACAGUGGCCCCAAGCUGGAUGGUGGCAAGGUGACAUUGGCUUUCAUGAAGGAGCUGAUGCAGUGGUACAAGGAGCAGAAGAAACUCCACAGAAAAUGUGCCUACCAGAUCCUGGUGCAGGUGAAGGAGGUGCUGGCCAAGCUCCCCACAUUAGUAGAAACAACGUUGAAGGAGACGGAGAAGGUGACGGUGUGCGGGGACACCCACGGGCAGUACUACGACCUGCUGCACAUCUUCGAGCUCAACGGGCUGCCCUCCGAGUCGAACCCUUAUAUAUUCAACGGGGACUUUGUGGACCGCGGGUCUUUCUCGGUCGAGGUCAUCCUCACGCUCUUCGGCUUCAAGCUGCUCUACCCUGAUCACUUCCACCUCCUCCGAGGGAACCAUGAGACGGACAACAUGAACCAGAUCUAUGGUUUCGAGGGGGAGGUGAAGGCCAAGUACACGGCGCAGAUGUUUGCCCUCUUCAGCGAGGUCUUUGAGUGGCUGCCACUGGCCCAGUGCAUCAACGGCAAAGUGCUGAUCAUGCACGGGGGUCUCUUCAGCGAGGAUGGCGUCACCCUUGAUGACAUCCGGAAGAUCGAGAGGAACCGGCAGCCCCCAGAUUCAGGUCCCAUGUGUGACCUGCUCUGGUCCGACCCGCAGCCCCAGAACCGCCUUGACUACAUCAUCCGUAGCCACGAAGUGAAGCCCGAGGGCUACGAGGUGGCCCACGAUGGCAAAUGUGUCACUGUCUUCUCCGCCCCCAACUACUGCGACCAGAUGGGUAAUAAGGGCUCCUACAUCCACCUGCGAGGCAGCGACCUGCGCCCUGACUUCCACCAGUUCACAGCAGUG